AUGGCAACCCAAUCGGAGGCAAGUGGCGUGAUCUCAACUUCCGCUGCGAUGCAAAUCACGGAGCGGUUAGCUAAUCUGCUCGCCGAAAGGAGUGCUACGGACAUUGUGAACCCGCUUAGAACCCUCGACGAUUGCCUCGCAACCCGUCUGUCUCUGCUGGAAUCUGCAGUCGAACGUCAGCACCACUGCCAAGGCACGGACACACUCCAGGAGCUAGCUGACGUAAUCCAGAGGAUGGCGAGAAGAGCGCUCGUCGGAUGUACGGAAGUCGACUUGGAACAGAUAACAACCACUGCUUUCAUCGACGCAAUCGAAGACACCGACAUCCAGCUUCUUGUGCGACUCGCCCACCCAACCACGACUCGUGCAGCACUUGCUGGCGCACUAGAAGUUCAAGCAGCCAACAAAGCAAUGGACAUGGUGUCGACAUCUGGAAUCAAGCUUUCGCGGGUGGCUCACCGAUCUUCUCCGGUACGUUCAAGUAAACGUCGUUGCUUCACGUGUGGUGACAUUGGGCACUUAGCUCGAUCCUGCCCAAAUCACUUGGCCCCGUGCAAAAUGCAACCUAUACCAGCGCCAAACGUUUCAAGUGACAGUGAGCCUGGCAAGGUUGAGUCUCAUGUAGUGCAUCAUGUUCCUCUGGUGACAACGCCACUGCGCACCUCGCCAACGCCAUGUCUUUCAGUUCAUCUUCAUGAGUUGGGACAACACGUGAAUGCUAUCGUGGACACCGGAGCUGCAGUAAGUCUAAUCGAUUAUGCAUUACUGCAAUCAGCAAAGUGUACCACGCCCAAAACACUUCCUGGUACCGUCUGUCUUAUAUCAGCCGACGGUUCUACAAUCGGACAAGAAGGACAGAUCUCGUUGACUGUAGAAACUUUAGGAACAACAGUCAACCUCCCCUUUGUGAACAUUGUUUGUCAGCCGUACCAACUUUCAGCACUGGCGAUCAGUCUAGUUGUUCUGCGACAGAGUUGCCCCAAGGAGAUAGCGGGGGAAGCAAAGAAGCAAUUUCCUUGA